UGCUUCUUACAGUGCAUUUAUAUGUCGCUGAAGAAGACCGUACAGCUAACUUCGUUGAUCACAUAAGUAUGUUACCGCCUUGUUGCAAAGUUAAUAUCAAAGUAGCAGAUAUUUAAAUGUUAUUUUUUGCUUGUUGAACAUAGACGCCUCAGGUUUAAUAGACAUCGUUUAAAACACAUUUCGCUGACUGACGACACCAGGAAGUAGACGGCCCCUUGCUGACGACACCAGAAAGUAGACGGUCCCUUGCUGACGACACCAGGAAGUAGACGGCUCCCUUUGCCGCCGACUCUCGCUACUUCCGGUGUAGUUCUCGGGGGCUUGAUGUUGAAAAAGCUCCCCGCUGCUCUGCUCUGCUUUCCCCGUCGCCUGCUCUCCGUCAGCCGCCUUCUCGGCAGCAUGGAGCCGGCGGUGGUGAGGUGCGUCGCCGGGGAGCCCAGGCUGACCAUCUCGUUCAGCAUGGCGGGCAGCCAGAAGCACAUGCAGCGGGAGCAGGACGAGCCUCUGGGCAAGGUCCUGUCCCGCAUCGCCUGCAACCUCGCCAAGGGCCAGAGCCAGGCCAAGAAGACCAAGAGGAAGGAGCGGCAGCAGCCCUCCGAAAGCCCGGAGCUCGCCGUGGUCAAGCUGCUGGUGGACGGCGGCGAGGUGGAGGACACGGUGGUCAACUCGGAGGCGUGGAGGGACGGAGCCGUGCUGCGGGUGGGGGACGUGGAGUACUUGGUCAGCAGGAACUCUCCCGCCUUCACCACCGCCGAGCUGCCCGUCUCCCUCUUGGCUGGAUUCCCCGUGUGUCCCAAGCUGGAAGUGGAGUUCGGAGACCUGCAAGACUGCGAGUUCCUAUGGUUCAAAGAACAAGUCCCAAAUAUAAGUGCUCAAACCUCUGGCGACGCAGCCGUUGAAGACAUGGCCUGGACAGAAGUAGGACGUGCCAGAGUCUACGUCCCCACCAAUCGGGACAUCGGCUGCAGGCUCAAACUCUGCUGCACGGCCAAAGAUGGACGCCGCAGAGGGCAGCUCAAAGAACUGGUCUCGGCCAGUGCCAUCGAGGCCGGACCGGGCGUGUGCACGUUCGACACCCGACACGCGUACACGGCCAAGCAGGUGGACUGGCCGUCUGUGAGGGUGGUGUCCUACAACAUCCUGGCCGACAUCUACGCCCAGACAGAGCUGUCCAAGACUGUGCUGUACCCCUACUGCGCCCCCUACGCCAUGCAGCUGGACUACAGGCAGAACCUGAUCAAAAAGGAGCUGGCAGGAUACCACGCUGACAUCGUGUGUCUGCAGGAGGUUGACAAAGGUGUGUUUUUGGACAGUCUGACCCCGGCCCUCGAUGCCUUCGGCCUGGAUGGCGUUUUUAGGGUUAAAGAGAAGCAACAUGAAGGACUGGCGACUUUCUAUCGCAGGACAAAAUUGAAGCUGCUGAGUCGCCAUGACAUCAUGUUGAGUGAGGCGCUGACCUCUGACCCCAUCCACGGCGAGCUGCUGGAGAAGGUCUCCGCUAACAACUCCCUGAAAGACAAGAUGGUCAAGAGGUCCACUACCUUACAGGUCAGCAUACUGGAGGACCUCAGCCAAGCCGGCAGGAAGGUGUGUGUGGCCAACACACACCUGUACUGGCACCCUCAAGGGGGGAACGUUCGCUUGGUGCAAAUGGGCGUGGCCAUGCGACACCUGAGUCAUGUGAUGGAGGAGGUCGCGCCAGGAGCCCCGUUGGUGUUUUGUGGCGACUUCAAUUCCUCUCCGACCUCAGGUGUGCUCCAGCUCGUCACAGAGGCCACGGUUCCCCAGCAGCACGAGGACUGGAGCAGCUCGGGUCCGGAGGAGUCGUGCCCGAUGGAGCUGCCCUCCACGCUCCCCCCCUUGCUGAGCGCCUGCGGCCCGCUGGCCUACACCAACUACGUGGGCGGCUUCCAAGGCUGCCUGGACUACAUCUUCAUCCAGCCGGAGAGGAUGCAGGUGGAGCAGGUGAUCCCUCUGCCCAGCCACGAGGAGGUGACCACUCACACGGCUCUGCCCAGCGUGGCGCACCCGUCUGACCACAUCGCGCUGGUCUGCGACCUGCGCUGGAACCCCUGACCUGUGAGCGCCCGGGUCAAACGCGUCCAAGAAAUGGACCCAAGUCACAUUUGAGCAACUAAAUUAUCUCAUUUAAAGAGCUUCAAUGUCUGAAGUUGUUAUUUAAAGUUCUUUUAAUCACUGAUAUUCAGUGUUUAUUUAUAGAUUAGACUCAAUUCUCAACGAAAUAGAUGGCAACUUAUCAUUAGUUUGUUUCGACAUUAACCAAGCGUUACUCACUGGUCCCUUUAUUUGAAAUAAAUGUCCCUAAGUACCACUUUUAAGUCUGCACACUUUUUUUUGUUUACAAACUGUUGGACUAAACAAUUGUAAUAGAGUAACAGUCUUGUCAAUGUGGUUACAGGCUGCCGGGCUUCUGGAAACAUUCGCUGCCCAACACCACGACUUUAUUCUCAUGACAUUCCAAAUUCAUUCUUAUCGUACAAUUGGGGCGGCGUGGCUCGGUGGGUAGAUCGGCCGUGGUAGCAUCUUGAGGGCUCCAGGUUCGAUAUCCGCUUCCGCCAUCCUAGUCACUGCCGUUGUGUCCUUGAGCCAGACACUUCACCCACCUGCUCCCAGUGCCACCCACACUGCCUUCAUACUUGCCAACCCUCCCGGAUUUCUCCCGAUUUCCAGCCGGACUUAAGGCACGCCCCCUCCAGGUCCGUGCGGACCUGAGUGAGGACAGCCUGUCGUCACGUCCGCUUGGCCAACCAAAAAGUAAC